GUUUAGUUUAAACAGGACUGUUGUUGUCACUACACUCUGCUAUUAUUGGUUAAAGAAGAGGGAGGGUUUUGGACUCCUUCGUACGUGCCUCAUCUCUGAUUUUUCUUUGGAAGGACUCAAGAAGCAGCACAACCAGCAAACCACUUCAAGUUCACACAUUCUGCACUGAGAAGAUGAGGCUGUUUCUUUUAUCCUGCAUCCUCUGCCUGAUGGCUCCAAUUGGCAACAGUCAGCUUCAUGGUCCUCCUGGUCCUCCUGGUCCUUCUGGUCCCAAAGGUGACAGAGGUUAUCCUGGCUUCCCUGGGGUACCUGGACCAGCUGGGGAAAGCGGAAUGCCCGGAAUCCCAGGUCAAAAAGGGGAUCAGGGAUCAUCAGGAUUUCCUGGCAUAGCAGGAAGACCUGGAGAACCCGGACAACCCGGACGACCUGGAGAACCUGGACAACCUGGAGAACCCGGACGACCUGGAGAACCCGGACGACCUGGAGAACCCGGAUCCAACAUGAUGUGCAGACAAGAUGCCACUGGUUCCAGUUGCACAGACCCCAGAGCCUUUGCUAAGUUAGAGUUGGCUAUAAACUACGACUUUGUCCGAAGAGUUGGUCAGAAAUACUUUGUGUCCUACAAGGAGAGAGACUCAUUCUCCAGGGCCGUCGAGUUCUGCUCCCAACAAGGUUUAGAUCUGGCUUUGCCCCAGAACGAGAAGGAGAACAUUGCACUGACUCAGUUCUUUGGGGACGUUUACAAAGAAGCCUGGAUCAACGUCAAUAAUAAAAAAGCAGAGGGGAACUUUGAGGCAGAUAUGAAUAACCGACCUCUGACCUUCACCAAAUGGGGAGAAGGGCAGCCAGACAAAUCCAUUGAGGCUACAGGCUGCACCAUGCUGUCAGAAAAUGGCGUCUGGCGAGUGACACACGAGUGCUUCCUGAAUGCUUACAUUAUUUAUAAAAACAGAUCGGAGAAUGUUUAUUUAAACACUCACAAGAUAGUUGUUAUCAUUUUGCAUCUGUUGUUUACUGUGGACCGAAUCCUUCAUACAAGAGUUCUCCCUCGUCUCUCAGUCAUUUCUCUUUGGAAGGACUCAAGAAGCAGCACCACCAGCAAACCACUCCAAGUUCACACAUUCUGCACUGAGAAGAUGAGGCUGUUUCUCUUAUCCUGCGUCCUCUGCCUGAUGGCUCCUAUUGGCUACAGUCAGCUUCAUGGUCCUCCUGGUCCUCCUGGUCCUCCUGGUCCUCCUGGUAUUCCUGGUCCUCCUGGUCCUGCUGGUCCUCCUGGUUUUCCUGGUCGUACUGGUCCUCUUGGUCCUCCUGGCCGUGAUGGUUCCAAAGGGGACAGAGGAGGUGCUGGACCAGCUGGACCUCCUGGACCACGUGGACCACCUGGACCAGUAGAAAUGUGUGGACAAGAUCGCCUUGAUUCUGCUAUCCUGGAGACUGAACACUUAAGGAAGAGCUUUGCAAAGUUAGAGCUUGCUAUAAACUAUGACUUUGUCCGAAGAGUUGGUCAGAAAUACUUUGUGUCCUACAAGGAGAGAGACUCGUUCUCCAGGGCCGUCGAGUUCUGCUCCCAACAAGGUUUAGAUCUGGCUUUGCCCCAGAACGAGAAGGAGAACAUUGCACUGACUCAGUUCUUUGGGGACGUUUACAAAGAAGCCUGGAUCAACGUCAAUAAUAAAAAGCGGAGGGGAACUUUGAGUAAAAACAGAUCGGAGAAUGUUUAUUUAAACACUCACAAGAUAGUUGUUAUCAUUUUGCAUCUGUUGUUUACUGUGGACCGAAUCCUUCAUACAAGAGUUCUCCCUCGUCUCUCAGUCAUUUCUCUUUGGAAGGACUCAAGAAGCAGCACCACCAGCAAACCACUCCAAGUUCACACAUUCUGCACUGAGAAGAUGAGGCUGUUUCUCUUAUCCUGCGUCCUCUGCCUGAUGGCUCCUAUUGGCUACAGUCAGCUUCAUGGUCCUCCUGGUCCUCCUGGUCCUCCUGGUCCUCCUGGUUUUCCUGGUCCUCCUGGUCCUGCUGGUCCUCCUGGUUUUCCUGGUCGUACUGGUCCUCUUGGUCCUCCUGGCCGUGAUGGUUCCAAAGGGGACAGAGGAGGUGCUGGACCAGCUGGACCUCCUGGACCACGUGGACCACCUGGACCAGUAGAAAUGUGUGGACAAGAUCGCCUUGAUUCUGCUAUCCUGGAGACUGAACACUUAAGGAAGAGCUUUGCAAAGUUAGAGCUUGCUAUAAACUAUGACUUUGUCCGAAGAGUUGGUCAGAAAUACUUUGUGUCCUACAAGGAGAGAGACUCGUUCUCCAGGGCCGUCGAGUUCUGCUCCCAACAAGGUUUAGAUCUGGCUUUGCCCCAGAACGAGGAGGAGAACAUUGCACUGACUCAGUUCUUUGGGGACGUUUACAAAGAAGCCUGGAUCAACGUCAAUAAUAAAAAAGCAGAGGGGAACUUUGAGGCAGAUAUGAAUAACCAACCUCUGACCUUCACCAAAUGGGGAGAAGGGCAGCCAGACAAAUCCAUUGAGGCUACAGGCUGCACCAUGCUGUCAGAAAAUGGCGUCUGGCGAUUCUGCACUGAGAAGAUGAGGCUGUUUCUUUUAUCCUGCAUCCUCUGCCUGAUGGCUCCAAUUGGCAACAGUCAGCUUCAUGGUCCUCCUGGUCCUCCUGGUCCUUCUGGUCCCAAAGGUGACAGAGGUUAUCCUGGCUUCCCUGGGGUACCUGGACCAGCUGGGGAAAGCGGAAUGCCCGGAAUCCCAGGUCAAAAAGGGGAUCAGGGAUCAUCAGGAUUUCCUGGCAUAGCAGGAAGACCUGGAGAACCCGGACAACCCGGACGACCUGGAGAACCUGGACAACCUGGAGAACCCGGACGACCUGGAGAACCCGGACGACCUGGAGAACCCGGAUCCAACAUGAUGUGCAGACAAGAUGCCACUGGUUCCAGUUGCACAGACCCCAGAGCCUUUGCUAAGUUAGAGUUGGCUAUAAACUACGACUUUGUCCGAAGAGUUGGUCAGAAAUACUUUGUGUCCUACAAGGAGAGAGACUCAUUCUCCAGGGCCGUCGAGUUCUGCUCCCAACAAGGUUUAGAUCUGGCUUUGCCCCAGAACGAGAAGGAGAACAUUGCACUGACUCAGUUCUUUGGGGACGUUUACAAAGAAGCCUGGAUCAACGUCAAUAAUAAAAAAGCGGAGGGGAACUUUGAGGCAGAUAUGAAUAACCGACCUCUGACCUUCACCAAAUGGGGAGAAGGGCAGCCAGACAAAUCCAUUGAGGCUACAGGCUGCACCAUGCUGUCAGAAAAUGGCGUCUGGCGAGUGACACACGAGUGCUUCCUGAAUGCUUACAUUAUUUGUCAGUUAUAGAGAGUUCUUGUAUCACCUGCAAUACCUGAUCUUAGAAGAAGUGUUUCAGUUUGGUAUUGACGUAGCUGAGUGAAAAAGAGUGAAUCAUAAUUUGUUGAAUCAGUGAAUUGAAAAAUAUUAACCUUAUCCUCAUUUUCAUGGAGAUAGCGAGGCUAACCAUUGCUCUAAGGUAUAUUUGCUCUUAAAUGUAUUAGUCUGUUACCCUCCACUAUCCUUGUGAUACAUCUUAAUCUCUUAAAAAACAUGAAUUUCA